CGUGUUUACCAAUUUGUCUAAUAAUUUUGAAGAUUUUUCUUUGGAGCUAUGCGAAGAAAGUUCUUGUCAAGAGUUUAUUUGUAAUAAAUUAGUGGUUGCUAAAGGACAAAACAUACAUCGGAGCAGAUUCUGAGGUACCUGACACCUGUGAAAUGGAGCAACUUAGUGCCUGUGACCUUUUGAGCUACUGGCGAUUGAAUAUCCACUUUGCGAGUGCAGGAUGUUCGAAGCGACCAUUGCAUAAUUUAGCCGACAUUGAUGGGUCAAAUGGCAGAGUCUCCAACUCGGCGAAUGGGGCCCCCAAAGGGCCUCGGGGACUCCCGGGCCUCCCACGUCAACGGGACGUAGGACACGUUAAUCUAGCUUUCGAUCACACUGAGGGGUGAGUUA